UUAAGUCACACAGGCUGACUGUCGCAUCUGUCAGUUGUCUGCACUGUUUGUCUUCAUCUUCAUCUUCUGGAUCAUUGAAAAGAAAUAAAGGUUCUUCUCCCUCUUUGGCACUUCUGCUGUGGACCUAUUUGCAGCACUGUAUCUUCAAAAUGCAUCGGCUGGGGUUAAAGGGAGCAUUGCUGCUGUGUUGUGCAGCAGUAUGCGUGUCUGGGAUGACAAGAGAGUACUUCCUCAGGAUAGAGGAAGUGUCUUGGAAUUAUGCCCCAAGUGGGAUGAACGUCAUUCAAAAUCGCACACUGGAUGAGGAUGAGCAUGCCUCAGUCUAUUUAAAAAGAGGGCUCCAGCGAAUCGGCCCCACCUACAAGAAAGCUGUGUAUAAGCAGUACAGUGACGGCACCUACAGGACAGAGGUGACUAAGCCGGACUGGCUGGGCUACCUGGGGCCGCUGUUGAUGGCUGAGCAGGGAGACACAGUUAUUGUCUACCUGAGGAACGCGGCAUCCAGACCUUACAGCAUCCACCCACAUGGACUGAACUACAGCAAGGGCCAUGAGGGAGCAUUAUACCCAGAUGGUACUGGUCCAGAGCUGAAGCGUGAUGACUCAGUGGCUCCUGGUGCAACAGUGAGAUAUGAGUGGACCCUCGCAGACAGCCACAGCCCAACAGCAGAGGACAGCAACUGCAUGACCAGAUUCUACCACUCCCACGUCAGACCAGUAAAAGACAUCAACUCAGGGCUGAUAGGACCCCUCAUUGUCUGCAAGAGAGGAACUCUGGACAUACAUGGAGACAGUUCAGGAGACUAUCUGUAUGCUCUGCUGUUCAUAGUGUCAGAUGAGAACUUCAGCUGGUACCUGGAUGAAAACAUCAGGACGUACAUCACAUAUCCUGCCAGAGGCUUGAAAGAAGAUGAAGAUUUCAUUGAGAGCAACAAAAUGCAUGGUAUAAAUGGUUUCCUGUACGGUAACCUGCCCGGACUGAGCAUGUGUCAAGGCAACAAGAUCCACUGGCAUAUGUUUGGCUUAGGCAAUGAGGUGGACAUGCAUUCAGUUCAUUUCCAUGGCCAGAUCCUGACCACGCUGAACCACCACACAGACACAAUCAGUCUUUUCCCCGGCACCAGCGCUACAGCUGAAAUGGUGGCUGACAAUGUCGGACACUGGCUGCUGACGUGCACUGUCAACGACCAUUUGAUGGCUGGAAUGCAGGCUAUAUUUGAGAUCAAGAAGUGUUUCCCCAACGUCCACAAACCCCGGCCACACGGGGCGGUCAGACAGUACUUCAUUGCUGCAGAAGAAGAAGUCUGGGACUACGCUCCUACCCUGCCUAGUGAUGGUGAGGCAGACUUAUUUGUGACCAGAGGUCGAAACCGUAUUGGAAGCCGCUAUAAGAAGGCUCGUUAUGUGGAAUACACUGACAACACCUUCAUGACAAAGAUGCUGCGCUCCCAAGAGGAGCAACACCUUGGAAUUCUGGGUCCUGUGCUGCGAGCUGAAGAGAAGGAUACUAUCAGGGUGGUGUUCAAGAACAAAGCCAGCCGUCCGUACAGCAUACAACCACACGGUGUUCAGUACAGUAUAGAACAAGAUGGGACAGUCUAUCACAAUGAACUAGAAGAGACCUACACGGAAAAGAAACUGCGGGAGCUAAAAAAGCAGCCAAGAGUGGUGACCCCUCCGCCAGCUGCUCUGGUCAGACCUGGGACUGUGCACACCUAUGAGUGGACAGUGCCAGUGGGUGCUGGUCCAGUCCGGGGGGAGGCUGACUGCCUGACCUAUCUGUAUUACUCUGGAGUGGACCCUGUUAAAGACACUAACUCUGGACUGGUUGGACCACUCCUUGUCUGUCGACUUAGCUCUCUGAAGAAAGGCGAACAGAAAAACUACAACAAAGAGUUCCACCUCAUGGCCACAGUGUUUGAUGAGAAUCUGAGUUGGUAUCUGGAUGACAACAUCAGGACCUUCACCACUGCUCCCACCACUGUUAACAAGGAGGACGAGGGCUUUAUGGAGAGCAACAAGAUGCACGCCAUCAAUGGGUUUGUGUAUAGGAACCUCCCAGGCCUGACCAUGUGUAAGGCGGAUAAAGUGACAUGGCACCUGUCAGGAAUGGGUUCAGAGUCAGACAUCAACAGCCUUUACUUCCAGGGAAACCGCUUCAUCUACCGCCAGAACAGACGUGACUCCAUCAGCGUCUUCCCUCACAUUUCACACACUGUCACUAUGGAGCCAGACAGCAUGGGUCAGUUUGAAGUGGUGUCACCUACAGUGAACAAUUAUCGCGGUGGGAUGAGAGCCAACUACACGGUACAGAAGUGCAGCAUGUUUCAGCGUCAGGGCGAGAUCAUGCUCCAUUCAAAAACAUACUACAUCGCUGCCAUGGAAGUAAACUGGGACUACUCACCAAACCGCACCUGGGAGGCCGAGAUGUUCCGAGGUCAUGACAGUCCUGCUCCUGUCUUCCUGGAUAAGCAGGGUGGGUUUAUAGGCUCCCGUUACAAGAAAGUGGUCUACCGCCAGUUCACCAAUGACAAGUUCACCACACAGGUGAUAAGAACACCAGAUAUGGAGCACCUCGGCAUUAUGGGUCCAAUGAUCCAUGCUAGUGUUGGUGACAAGGUGACGGUGGUUUUCAGAAACAUGGCGUCCAGGCCUUAUUCUAUCCAUGCUCAUGGAGUCAAGACAGACACCCCUGAUGUUCACCUCACAGCACCAGGUCAGACUCACACCUACACCUGGUUUGUUACAAAGAAUACAGGACCAACCACAGAGCAAGAGGAGUGCUCUGUGUCAGCGUACUACUCCACUGCUGAUGUUACCAAGGACCUGUACAGCGGUCUGAUUGGUCCGUUGGUGAUCUGUCGUCGUAGCUGGAGCAGGACUUUUGGUGUGAAUAAGGAAGUUGAAGAGUUUGCACUGCUUUUCCUGGUUUUUGAUGAGAAUGAGAGCUGGUAUCUGGAUGAAAACAUCAGAACCCAUAUCCCUAACCCUCGUACAGACUUGAAGGAUGAAGAAGCCUUUAUAGAGAGCAACAAGAUGCACGCCAUAAAUGGUUAUAUGUAUGGAAAUCUGAAUGGUUUGAACAUGGAGGUGGGUACUAAGGUGUACUGGUACCUCAUUGGAAUGGGCACUGAUGUGGACAUACACACUGUACACUGGCAUGGACACAGUGUGGAAUACAAGCUGGGUGGAGGUCCUCAUCGGACUGAUGUGUAUGAGCUGUUUCCAGCCACCUUCCAGACGGUAAAGAUGCGUCCUCAGUUUCCCGGUACCUGGCUGCUCCACUGUCACGUCACUGACCACAUUAAAGCUGGCAUGGAGGCGAUGUAUACUGUUACUGAGAAACCAAAGAAGUAAGGAAUCUUUGGCUGAACACGUGAGGAAAACGGGACAGAAAACAGCAGAGACCGGA